AGCGACACAUUAUCAGGACUGGAUGUGAGGAUGGAGCAGACUUUGCUCUGUGUGAUGGAGCUACUGUUGAUCAGUUCACUCUUCCAUUGUGGACAUGCUGAAGGACCUGUCCUCUCUGUGUCUCCAUCAUGGCUGAGUCCUGGAUCCUCAGUAACUCUGAGAUGUGAGAUUAAACCUCCGUCUGCAGGAUGGAGGUUCUACUGGUAUAAAGCUGUUCCUGAUCUUUUAUACAACUUGUACAAUUAUGAUCUGCUGCCUGGUAGCACUGCUGGGACUGAACAUGAUUCCUACAUCAUUCAUGGACAAACACACACAGCAGGAUAUGUGUGUAGAGCUGGAAGAGGAGACCCAGAGUAUCACACUGGUUACAGUGAAGUAAAGUUUCUCUGGUCUGCAGAUGUUCAUCCAGCAGCGUCUCUCACACUGAAUCCUGACAGAGUUCAACACUUCAGACCUGAAUCUGUUUCACUGAUCUGUGGAGGAAACUCUACUAAGUGGAUGGUGAGGAGGUUUACAGAAUUAGGUCAUCUGUCACGCUGCUCCUACUGGGGGACAAUGAUUGGAUCCUCAUGUAACAUGAACAUGAACUGGUACGACAGUGGAGUUUACUGGUGUGAGUCUGGAUCAGGAGAGUUCAGCAACACAGUCAACAUCACUGUACAAAAUGAUGAUGAUGGCGUCAUCCUGGUGAGCCCUGUCCAUCCUGUGACUGAGGGAGCUUCUGUCAGUCUGAGCUGCAGACGGAGAAAUCAAAACACACUUUCCAAUGUUUCUUUCUAUCACAACGACAAACUUCUCCAACAUGAUGGCAGAGAGGAGCUGAACAUCUCUGCAGUGUCACAGUCAGACGAAGGUUUCUACAAGUGUCAACAUGCAGGAAAGACGUCACAACAGAGCUGGAUGUCAGUUACAGCUGUGUCCAGACCUGAAAGCUCUUCAUUUCCUGUGCUGUUAAUGGUUGGAUCAGUUAUUGGAAUCAUAUUAUUGAUUUUCCUGCUCUUGUUGUGUCUCUGCAAACAGUCCAAGGGUUUAUGCUGCAUCAGGUGGAUCCAGUCACAGAGCAGCAGUCAGAGCUCCAGUUCACAUCCUGGAGUCAACCAGAAUGAAACUAACCAGUACAGCUCUCCUCUCCACGAUGCAGAUGAAUCCAGAGAUGUCACAUACUCUCUUAUUGAACUGAAACAUUUUGGGAAAAAGAGGAGGCAUCAUGAACCAGAGGAGAGUUGUGUUUACUCUGAUGUGAAGACAGGAACUGCAGGUACAGUCAGUGUUUGGACUGAAACGUGUCAUCAUGUUGGCAGCUGUACGAUUUAUACAUGUGAAGUGUAUGAAUUUAAUAGUUUCACCCUGCAGUCACUGUUGCAGAUCAUCAAACAUGAAAAUAGUAUAAUUUUUCCUUCACCAGCUGGAUGGUGAUUUUUGUCUCACACACACAAGAAGGAAGAGUCAUGUUGAAUGUCACCAUAUCAUUUUAGAUUUGUCACAGCAUGUAAUUUAUCAAAUAAUCUUAAAAUCUUAUCUCUCAAAAAUCCUCCUUAUUUGACAUGUUGCAUUUAUUAACUAACAGUUUUCAUUUAAUUAGUAAAAGACAGAUUGUCAUUUCUUGGAGAAGAUGUUUUUUUAAGCCUUGUUUGUUAAGAUGGUUUUCAACUUUUAAAGAUGAUGUUUCAGGCAAAUAUCUGACUGAGA